AUGAUGCCGCACGGACAGGAGGACGUCACCGAGAUCAUUGGAACGGAGGGCAAGCUCACUGUCAACCUGAACCCCCAGAAGAAUUUGGUGAAUUACUACCACAAUGGCGGUAUUACAAGGGAGGUGCCGCAUGAUUACUGGGGAAGGUUUGAACAGGGUUUUGUGGGCGAGGCGAAUGAGUUCACAAAGGCAUGUUUGGACAACACGCCUGUGCCGCUGGAGUUCAAGAAUGCGGUCAAGGCGGUGCAGAUUGGUGCUUGGCUGCAGGAGGCGCUGGUCAGUGGGAAGCAGCUCAAGUUUGACGAGAGUGGGAAGAGGAUUGAGAAGUCGAACUUGUAA